GCUCUGACAGGACUGGGUCGGAAGGGGACUCUUGGAGAGAGCUGACCGCUGGUUGCCAGGGUGCCGGCGAGGGAGCAACCGCUCUCCGCGUUAACUCUUCUUGCCUCAUCGGCGGGGCCUCGGCCUCAGAGUCCGGCAACUCGCGGCCGUCGCCCUGUGCAGCCCGAAGGCCCCUUAGUCUCCCCUGCACGUGCCGCGCCCCGCGCGCCCCGUCCGGCCGCGGCAAUGAGCGAGCUUAACACCAAAACAUCCCCAGCAACCAACCAGGCACCUGGCCCAGAAGAAAAAGGGAAAGCUGGCAAUGCCAAGAAGGCUGAGGAGGAGGAGGAGAUUGACAUUGAUCUGACGGCACCAGAAACAGAGAAGGCUGCCCUUGCCAUUCAGGGCAAGUUCCGGCGAUUCCAGAAAAGGAAGAAGGAUCCCAGCUCCUGAAUAACCAGCCUUGCCCUUCACCCUGCUCCCUUCUCUCCCCUUCUCCCUAGCUCUGACUCCCAUGUAUCUCUGUCUUUUCGUCCUGUUAGCCUCUCAUUGAGGCAAGUUCAACCCUUAUAUAUUAUUUUCUCUGGCCCCCUCAAGCCAUGACAGCUGUAGAAGCACAAGGAACAAGGGGAAGAUGAAUUAGAAAGGCAGCUGCUUGCCUAAUGGUGGACCAGUUUCUCCUUGGCUAUGGCUCAUUGAUCAGUACCUAUGCCUGUCCUAGGAGUCUGAAGAACCAAGAAGCUUUGAGGCUGAGAGAGGGAACCCUGGCAAUAUGGGAGGGAGAGGAAAGCCUUCAGAGUAGGGUGCCUGCCUAGGGGUGGGGUAUAUACACUGUUCUGCUGGCUACAACAUUCACACUUCAGGUAGCAGUUUUUCCCCUUUGCAUCCUUCUCACCAGCACGUCAACUUCCCUCCUAUGAGCUAAGCCACAGUGGGGACUGGAGCCCCCUUUUCCCCUAGGCAGACCUAAAUCAAGCUGCUUCCACGUUAGUGCAUGCUGAGUAGAUUAGUUCCAAGGAAGGGAUACUGGGACUGGUAGAGAUCAAGAAAAGUUUCCUUCAUCAUCUAGUCUAGAACCAUAAGGGGCAGAAGCAAAAGAGGUUCAAGGGGCCACAGGCAGGGAAAUGGGAACACUGGUAGAUUUGGGGAGGAAAGAAAAAUGAAGGAGGAGGAGAUCACUAAAGACACAAGUUACUGCCGGUAAAGAUGUACCAUGUGAAGGAUUCUUGGGGCUUUGCUAACCUGCUACCUCUAACCCCUCAUGUCCAGCCACCCCCAGGGGCCACACAAACCAAAUGACCCUUGUAGUUCCCAGUUGCCCCACUGUGGAGUCAGAGCAGAAGUGGAAUAGCCACUCUAUGUGAUUUUAGCAUGUUUAAUAAUGAUGAAAACAAUAAAAAUAAAACCUCAAGUGGGGUCACUUAACCUC